GUGAGUCCAAACUAUGAGCAUCUAGAUUUCUUUAAUUAAGGUCAAGGUGACAAUGGCAAUCCCGGCUAGGGAGCGUUUUGCCCAGAGAUAAAUAUGUCCCUCUGCAUUUCUGCCAGGCAGCAGGGAGGUGUGUGUUUGGAGCUAAAUUAAUUUGAUUUCCAGCACUCCAUGGUAACUUCUGUUCCCUCUUUCCCGCUGUCAGAUGUCUUCGCUGGCUGUCUCCCUUCCCUUCACCCCCACACAUUUCAUAACACCGAGGGAGAAAGCAUGGGCUGGCUUCGGGCAGAAUUUAGAAACUGAAUAACUAAUUUGAUUCUUCUGCACGGAGUGCUAUUCUCUCCUCUGUACGGAGUGCUAUUCUCUCUCUCUCUCUCUCUCUCUCUCUCUCUCUCUCUCUCUCUCUCUCUCUCUCUCUCUCUCUCUCCCCUUGAGGGAGAGAAGUUGUAAACCUGAGCAUAAGUAUGAUUAUUUUUAUAUCAUGCUUAGUGGCAAAAACUGCUUGACAACUUUUUCUUUGGGGCCAAACCUGGCGGCUCACCUCUCCUCUUUCCUUGUGUCUAAUACUAACACCAACAAAUGAAGUCAAAGCUCAGGCGCCCCGGAGGAACGUGCUCUAUUCUGACUCUGGCUCUCCCCACUAGCCAGACUUUACAGGCUGGUCACACCUAAGGACACCCAGCCCUGUUAUGGCAGCCUGGGUGCACGCCUAGCCCACCGCCCCUCGCUCUUCCUGCUGCGGCUGGGCAGGAUAAGGUUACGCCGGGGCCUCCCCGGUCGCAGGGAAGAAGGCGGGCCGCUGGGGAGUUGCCACAGUUGUCAGCCCGGUCCGUUGGGAACGCUUCUCUGCAGGCGGCUGGGAGCUGAGGGUGGGACCCAGAGCACAGCCGGAGGUCGAGGUCCCCGCCAUGGCCACUGUCAAGCCUCCCGGGCGUGGUUGUGGAGCCCUGCCCCGGUGGCUGCUCGGUGCCGCGCUGCUUCUGGGCCUACGGCUUUGCAUGGAGUUGCGCCACGCGGGCUCGGGACCCCCGGGCCGCGGCGAUUCCCCAGGGCCACCCCGGACACACCUACUGUCGGCGCCCGGCUCCCCACGCGGAGCCAGAAGGAGGCAGGUGACCUACGUGCGCAGUGGGCGCCGAGUGCUGCCCCGGGGUGGCGGGAGCACGACGUCCCCAGAGCCGAGCUGCUGUGCCCAGGGCGGGCUUCUCCGCAGGAAGGGUUCCCGAUGGCACAUAGAGCUCCAGCCAUGGGCAGGCCCUUCUCGGUCCCUGGAUGAAGAGGCCUCAAGGUUCCUGAGCUACAUCAGUACCACUCAGGUUGAGUUUCAAGCUAAAAUAGGUUUGGGAAUAAUGUCAAAGGCUGGGGAGUGAUGACACACACUUUGAGGUGAGCAUGGCCAACGGUGGAUGUGAAGUGCAUCGUUUUGAUCCGAGUGUCAAGUCAGCCCAUGUUCUGGAGCGGCAGGGCCUCUGGCAUCACCGCUUGUCCAUCGAUUGGCGGGAUCCGCAUCCAGCCGUGGCUGCUCAGAAGCCGCACGGCAACACCAGAAAACUGGGAAGCAUUCUGAAUGAAUUUGGGCACCACAAGAUCGACGUUCUCAAGGCAGAUCUGGAAAGUGCGGAGUGGAAAGUUCUGGAAAACCUUAUUCUGGAGGAUGUUCUUGAGCAGAUCGGCCAGCUCGUCUUCGAGAUUCAUCUUCACUGGCCCGGUUUUGAGGUUAGCGGCAGCGAGAGCGGCGUGGUGCGCUUUUGGUACAGCCUCCUGAAGGAGUUGGAGCGGAAGCACUUCCGACUUUUUCACACCUAUAAAGACUUAACGAAACCUCAGCUUUUCCUGAAGAAGGACCUUUUCAACGCUAGCAGCUGUUAUACCUUGAGUUGGGUGAAUACAAAGUGGAGGUGAGAUGAAGCCUCCGGCACGUACAGCACAGGUGGAUACGUCCGUCCUUCCAGUCAUGGAGUUACGUCUCCAGUCUCCCCCGGCUUGUCACUUGCUUGAAGCAGGGCUUGGGUGAUUGUCUCCUGAAGUACGUAAUGAAGCCUUGAGCUUGGCCUUGAGCUUGGCGAGUGACAGUGACAUGGGUGAAUACCUUCACUUGCCCAGACUAAGACCUUCGCCUUCUUAGCCUUGGACAGAGUGGGGGUGUGCCCCUUUACUGUCCCUAGGAUGUACAAAUACCCUGCGCAGGCCAGCUUGUGGCUUUCUUAAAAUCCAUUAUGUAUCUACAGCUAAUGAAUCUACAUUAAAAUGAAAUUUUAUUAUUUCA